AUGAGGACCAGCCCUCGCAGGCCCUUAAUUCUCAAAAGACGGAAACUGACCCUCCCACAGAAGGAUGCAUCCAGUACUUCAGCAAGAGAUGAGAACAGUGGUCAGGAGGAAAAGGCUCCUAAGCAGGAGCAGAGCCAGGAGGACCAACACAACAGCAAACCCAGAGACAAAACAGACUGUGGCCUGCAGAAAUUCCCAGCAGGGAUAAAGAUAAUUGACCAUCCGACCAUGCCCAACACACAAGUGGUGGCCAUCCCUACAAAUGCUGAUAUCCAGAGCAUCAUAGAGGCGCUGACAGCAAAAGGAAAAGAAUGUGGCAACAAUGGGCCCAACAAGUUCAUUCUCAUUAGCAGUGGGGGCACGUCCCGUUCAGCAGGUCCAACGCCAUCGCAGCAUCUCCCAUCAGAGAAGAAACCCAGUGCAGCGACCAAGGCUGCAGAUGGUCAAGAAAGAGACAAGAAUGUUACACAGACACCUGGCCUUGCAGGAGGGACAAUGCUCUGGCAUUCAGGAAUUGAUUCCAUGGUUGGACAGGAACAGGAGAGCAACAGCAGUGGCGAGACAAUGGGCUCUGUGUUGGACAAUAGUCUCACUAACAUCCAGUGGCUGGGGAAGAUGAGAUCUGAUGGGCUAAGUCCCUGUUCUGUGAAGCAAGACACAGAGAAAGAGAACCAGGUGCCUCUGCGGGAAAGAAUCAAGACUGAAGAAGAUGCUGCUGCUGCUGCUGCUGCUAUUCCUACUGCCGCCACCACCUCCUCCUCCUCAUGGCAGGAUUCAGUAUCAGAACGACCUCCUUAUUCCUACAUGGCCAUGAUUCAAUUUGCCAUCAACAGCACUGAGAAGAAGCGUAUGACUCUGAAGGACAUCUAUACCUGGAUUGAGGAUCAUUUCCCCUAUUUUAAACACGUGGCUAAGCCAGGUUGGAAGAACUCCAUUCGGCACAACCUGUCCCUUCAUGAUAUGUUUGUCCGUGAGACAUCUGCUAAUGGUAAAAUCUCGUUCUGGACUAUUCACCCUGAUGCAAACCGCUGCCUAACAUUGGACCAGGUAUUUAAGCCGCUGGACUUGGGGUCACCAACAUCGCCUGAGCACUCUGAAUCACAGCAAAAGCGACAUCUUCCUGAUCCCCAGAAGAACACGGGAAGCAACAGCAGCAGCAAAACUGAACCCCAGAAUGCACGCCGAAAGAUGAAGCCUUUGCUUCCUCGCAUCAACUCCUACCUGGUUCCGAUCCAGUUUCCUUUGAGUCAGCCUCUUGUCUUGCAGCCUUCUAUGAAGGUUCCUCUAUCCAUGGCACAGGGAGCAUCCCUCAACAGCUCAGAGAAUUUCCGGAGCAAUAAGCGUGUGCGCAUUGCUCCAAAGAUGUCACUCUCUACAGAAGAGUCAUCCUCUUUACCCAUGGCUGCUGUCAAGGAGGAGAGUCAAUGUGAUGAAGGCUUAUUUUCCCCAACCCAUUCCCUAAAGGACAGCAGCUCCCAGCCUGGUGAGGAAUCAGCUUCUUUCCCUGAGAGCGUCUGUAUAAAGGAGGAAGAAGGCUCUCAGCUGGAUGACUGGCUGUCCCCAUUUGCCUCAACUGUAACGGUAAAGGAAGAGCCAGGCUUGUUCCUCCCAGUCUCAUCCACAAAGGAGAAGAAACAAUUCACCAUGCUGAAGUCACCAUCUAAGGCUGUUUCUGACACGUUAGUUAUAAAGAGGCGGGAAAGGCGGGAAAUAGGCAGAUCCAGAAGGAAACAACGCCUAGCACUGCCUUGCUCAGAAGAGCCUGUCCUUGUUUUGCCAGAAAGCAAUAGCUUUGACCCUUUCCGAUUAGGGGCAGACCCUCCCUUCCUGCAGGAAAGCCAGCCUCUUGAGAAUGUAUCACAGCUCAGCUGCUCGCAGGGGGAAGAGGGGCCCUUUAAAACACCAGUCAAGGAGAUGUUCAGCAAAUUGCCGGUUUCUUCCACUCCCAGCAAAGUCUCGGCAACUACUACCCCUCCCCUAGGGGGUCUCGAUACCUGGAAGUCUGCAUCCUUAGCCAAAGAAAGUCACGAGCUGGACUUCAGUCCAGUGAGAACCCUUCAGUUGCCGUUCACACCCCUCCAGGAGAACCAGGACUUGCUGGGUUUUAACAGCACACCCCUUAAAAAUCCCCUCUUUGAGUCCCCUCGGGAACUGCUCAAUACAGAAUCCAGUGACAUGGUGCAUGUCCCCCUUACGAGCUCUCCAGCUUUUAUUCAUGAGUCUACUAAGCAAUCGUCUGUUGAACUGCAAGCCUCUGGCUUUACUGAAAACCGGUCACUCAUGGAGGGCCUGAUCCUGGACACCAUGAAUGACAGUCUGAGCAAAAUCCUUCUAGAUAUCAGCUUUCCUGGUCUUGAGGAUGAAAACUUAGGAACAGACAUUAGUUGGUCUCAGCUCAUACCCGAACUGAAGUAAACUGGCCUGAGGGUUGACUUUGGCUUGUUCUGAUAUUACAGAAAGCACUCUACUCUUCUGAGAUCUGUUCAUGUAAUCUAAGAAGACUUUUGACUGAUUCCCACAUCCCUGGGAACAGAGGGCAUUAUUGACUCCUGCUAAGCUGGGAGACAGGCCCAUUGGCUGCUAUGAGCUCCCUUUAUAAGCUGCAAUAGACUAUUUAUGUGGAACAAGAUAGAACCUCUCUAACCUUGUGUUAGAGAUGAGAGUCCCUGGAGAGAGGUUAUCAAGAGAACAUCUAGGUAGGCCCUGAAUGGCAUUUGCUACUCAAGCUAUCAGAGGGUAUGGAUGUACUCCUCAGUUAUGUACAAUAGGUAAGAGCCAGGGAACCUCCUCCUAGCUCUGUCCUUACUUCCCUUUACUUCGUUCUCCUGUUACUUAGUACCAUCUGUGUAGUUUUAAUGGCUGUAAAUACUGUACA